CAUUUAUAUUCCACCCCUGUACCUUGGAGAUAGAAGUGCUUCUGAAAAUAAUAAUAAGAGUCUCUGGAGAAGAAGUAUUUGUAUAUUGAGUAAUCAACUCUUUUUGUGGUUAUAAUAAUAAAAAUAAUAAUAAUCGACAGAAGUAGACAGUGACAGUAAAGCAAACUGAACAGCACUUACUUAGCCAUUCUGGCAGAAUCACACGCACGCGGGCUAAAGCUUCCCCUCUUUUUUAUAUAAAGGCAUCUUACUUCCUAGUCAGUAGCAUCAACCACAAGCCCUCACUUCCCCUGUCACUUUCUUGUCUCUCUUUAUUUUCCAUUUUGCCUUGUUUAUUUCAUUCAUCUUUCUCAAUUGGUUUGCUACUCUUCAUAGCUGGUAUUGUCUGUUGUGUUAGUUAAUCACUGAGAAGAAAAGAUGUCUUCAUGGGAAAAGCCAAUAAUACGACCUCAGCAAAGGCGGAAGACGCCAUCAUUUUCUUCCUCUUUGCUGGAAGCCAUUUACCAUUCCAUUGAUGAAUCAAAAGAAGAAGAAAAGCGCCAAGAAGAGAACCAGGUUCCGAAUAAAAGGAACAAAGCUGUGGAAGCCGAAGAAGAAAUUGUCAGCCUUCGACGUGCAAUCUUGAUUGAAAAAUGGAUGGAAAGUUACAAGUAUACUCAAAGCUCAGGCCACUUUACUUCAGAUUCAGGCUCAUCAACAGACUCAAGCAUGUUUUCGUCCUCAGAAACCGAAUCCGCUUCAAGAUCCACACCUAAAUCAUCAGUUUUUCACACAUUGCCAAAACCAACCAGACAAGUUUAUGACACACUUGUUCCAGGAAGGUCAGAAAAGGUUGUCACAUUCUCUGCAGAGACGACUCCAAAAUGUGAAGGAGGAAGGUUCAUGAAAACAAAAUCAAGAGCCUUGAAGAUUUAUGGUGAUUUGAAGAAGGUGAAACAACCUAUUUCACCGGGUGGGAAAAUCGCAAACUUCUUGAAUUCGAUAUUCAAUUCGAGAAACAUGAAGAAAAAUCACCAUCAUCAAGGUAUGGAAGAUUGGAGUUCAGUAAGGAAAUCAAGGUCAGUGAAUGACUCAAGUACUGUGACAUGUUCAUUGACUACAAGAUCUUCUUGCUUGAACAAAACCCCUUCUUCAAGAGGUAAUAAGUCGAAAAGGUCAGUUAGAUUUUGCCCUGUCAGUGUAAUAGUUGAUGAAGAUUGUCAACCAUGUGGUCAAAAGAGCAUAUACAAGAAUGAAGAACCAAGAAUGUGGCAAGUGCCAAAAGCAGGGAGCUUCAGAAACUUUGACGGAAAGCAUAUCAACAAGCAUCAUUACAGAGGAUUUUACCAAAGUGAAGAUGAUGAAGAGGAAGAAGAAGAAGAUGAUGGUAGGAGUUGUGCAAGUUCUGAUCUGUUUGAACUUGAGAAUAUAGGCAUGAUUGGUCAUGUUCAUGCAACUAGAGAUGGGUUGCCUGUAUAUGGAACCACUAGUUUUAAAAUGAAUCAAGCCAUUGCUAGGGGUUUAGUUAUGUGAUCAUGUAACAUUUCAUUUGAUCAUCAAUGUAAAACACCUAAAAAUUGAAUGAGUCAUCUUGUACUAGGUUUUUCUCCAUCUUUGUAUCAUCUUCCAGACUACUCUGCCUUAUUUUCUUACUUUUUCAACAAUGGAUCAGAACUAUGGCUUUACUAACAUAAAGGCUAAUUAUCUCC